CAAGAAAGAGUGAUGGAAAUAUAACAAAAAAUUGAAGCAUAAAUGGCUGAAUUAAGAAAACUGUUGAUUGGAUCAAUGAAAGGAAAAUGAGUCGUUGGUGUAUCAAGGACAGGAGAUGAGGUUAAGUGGAAGAGCCAUUAUACCCUCCUGAAUUCACUCCACCUCAAGUUCAGGUUCAAGUUCCUCGGGGUAUACACAUACAACCACCAAGUGCGCAGCCAUACCCCUAUGUCAAUCAUUCUGCAAAUCAGCAGCCAACCCACUUGAAUGCCAAUUCGGGACCCAUCCCAGUCGAUCCCAUCAUGGUACCAAAUCUUGACGACCCUGUUGAGCAAGAGAAAUCUCACGAAAUGUCAGAACCUGUUAUAAAUUCAAAAAUUCAAGACAAGUAUGACCAGCUUGAAGAGAAGCUUAAAGCGGUUGAAGGUAAUGACACUUAUGGGGUUAUUGAUGCCAAUGAGCUUAGCCUAGUGCCUGACUUGGUUAUCCCACCAAAAUUUAAGACCCCAGAUUUCAAGAAAUAUGAUGCGACAAAGUGUCCAUCUGCUCAUAUCACUAUGUUUUGUAGAAAGAUGAUGGGUCAUACCCAUAAUGACAAACUAUUGAUACACUGUUUUCAGGAUAGUUUGACUGGUUCAGCAGCUAAAUGGUACAUGUAAUUAGAUCAAAAUAAGAUCAGUUCAUGGAAAAACUUGGCCAAAGUUUUUCUUGCUCAGUAUAAGCACGUCUUAGAUACAGCCCCUGAUAGACUGUCAUUACAAAAUAUGGAGAAAAAGUCGACGGAAACCUUCAAAGAAUAUGUACAUCGGUGGAGAGAUGCAGUAGCCCAAGUACAACCACCACUGACUGAAAAAGAGAUAACCAUACUAUUCGUGAAUACACUGAAGGCCCUGUAUUAUGACAGAUUGGUGGGAAAUGCCAUGAAAAACUUCUCUGACAUGGUAAUUUCAGAGGAGAUGAUAGAAAACGCUAUCAAAAGUGGUAAAAUUGAAGGGUCUGAAAAGAAGAUAGCUACCUUAAGAAAGAAAGAGCAGGAGACACAUGUUGUCACUCACACAAAUCCCCCACACCAUCCUUUUGUUUCAUAUAACCCACACCCCUAUUACUACUCUACCAUAAACCAAAUCUCUCAACAACCAUACCAUUAUCUGGCCCCCCAACAACCGUUACCCAGAUCAAGUUUUAGCCAUUUGUAUCCUCGACUUAUUAAGAAACAUCUGCUUGUUCCUGUUAUUAUUGAACCUUUGAAACCUCUGUUUCCCAAAUGGUAUGACCCCAAUGCACAUUGUGAUUAUCAUUAUAGGAAUCUAGGUCAUUCCACUGAGCAUUGUACUGUUUUGAAGCAUAAAGUGCAGAGACCAUCAAUAAAUGCUUUGAUUGAUGGGCAAACAAGUUGUUUGAAAAGAAGAAUAGAAGAGGUCAAAACUCCUAUGGCUAAAGUGUUUAAAACCUUGGUCAAAGCCGACAUGCUAAAGUCGAUAGAACCUCAAAAUUACUCCGAAGCGGUUAACUCAAUUGAAAGCUGCCAUUAUCACAAAGGUGUUCUAGGGCAUUCUAUCGAGAAUUGUCACCAAUUUCGUCAAGAGCCAACAUCAAAGCUAGAAAAACCUGUCUCUCAACCAGUGGUGACAAUUAAAGUUCCUGGCCCUUUUCCAUAUCAGAAUGAUAAAACAGUACCUUGGAAGUAUGAUUAUGAUGUCAUAGUCAACCCAGAUACUACCAACAUAACGGGUGUAGGAGGCAUAACCCGAAGUGGCAGGUGCUAUACCCCAGAGGCUCUAGAAAAAGCUAGAAAGGAAAAAGCCAACGUAGGGGAAGAAAAUAAAAGUCAGAGUGAUCUUGAUGCAACACCAGAAAAAGAAUGUCAGAAGCCAGUAUUUAAGAGUGAAGUAGGUGAAUUUUUUAAGUUAAUAAAACAUAGUGAGUAUAGCGUGGUAGAACAGCUUAACAAGAUGCCAGCUAGAAUUUCGUUAUUGUCAUUAUUGCUCAAUUCAGAGUCACAUCGUAAUGCUUUGCUGAAGGUGCUAAAUCAAGCAUAUGUGUCUCACAAUGCUUCUGUUGAAUAUGUGGAACAGCUUGUUGGCAAUCUGAUGAUUUCAAACUAUAUAUUUUUCAAUGAUGAAGAAAUUUCUCCUGAGGGUAGAAGAAGUACCAGGGCUCUUCACAUUACUGUGAAAUGUAAAAGUCAUAUAAUGGCUAAGGUUUUGAUUGAUAAUGGCUCAUCCAUCAAUGUUAUGCCUGCAACUACUUUGGCAAAACUCCCUGUUAAUGGAUCUUAUAUGAAACCUAGUCAUAUGAUAGUGAGAGCCUUUGAUAGAACCAGAAGAAAAGUGCUGAGAGAUAUAGAAGUGCCAUUACAGAUUGGUCCAUGUACUUUCAACGUGAAAUUUCAAGUCAUGGACAUCUCUCCUUCAUAUAGUUGUCUAUUGGGUAGACCGUGGAUCCAUAUGGCAGGUGCUGUCCCAUCCUCAUUACAUCAGAAAGUCAAAUUCAUUGUUGAAGGAAAGCUAACAUGUGUGGCAGGAGAAAAAGAUUUAUUAGUAACUCAACCGAUAAAUACUCCUUAUGUGGAAUCGAUAGAUGAAGCUUUAGAAUGCUCUUAUAGAUCCUUCGAGAUUGCCAAUGCAACAUAUAUAGCUGGAGGAUCUAAAUUGUAUUCACCACACUUAUCUACGACUACUAAAAUUGUAGUUAGACAGCUUACCAAGAUGGGAUGGAUAGCUAAUCUUAAGGGAUAUGAGCUGGAGUCAGAGCCGAUAGUCAUUCCAUACCUCUAUAAUUCUUUUCACUCGGGAGGAUAUAUUUAUCCAGAUUUAUCGGGAGCCCCAAGUGCAGGAUUCAUGGAAAAAUUUUCAGAGCUGGCCAUUCAAAUGGUGGAUGAUGGAGAAAAGAAGAGUCGAAGUGAAAAUCUAUUCGUGUACCCUUGUCCUUUAGAUUUUAAGCUGGAUAAUUGGGAAGUUACAGAGCUGCCUUUUGUGUGCCAAUAUUCUCUCCAUAUUACCCUUUGUAGGGUCUCAAAUAAUGAACAUGAGGAUAAUAAUGGCAUUAAUCUCGGAUUUGAUUUUGAAAACUUAAUUCAUGUUGAUGAACUUGAUAAUGAGGAAGAUUCAGAUAACUAUACACUGCCUCUUGAUUUGUUAAAAUUAAUAGAACAUGAAGAUAAGCCAAUUGAACCUCACCAAGAAAUUACUGAAUCAGUAAAUUUGAGAGAUAGUGAGAAUAAAAAAGAGGUCAAAGUUGGUACAUAUCUUUUAUCAGUUGAAAGACAAAAGCUAGAAGAGCUGCUCCGAGAAUAUGUAGAUGUGUUCGUAUGGACUUACCAGGAUAUGCCAGGACUCAGCACUGAUAUUGUAGAGCACAAGUUACCUUUAAAACCAGGAUGUAAGCCGAUGCAGCAAAAGCUAAGGCGCAUGAAACCAGAGAUGCUGCUAAAAAUUAAAGAAGAAGUGAAGAAACAAUUUGAUGGAAUUUUGGAAGUGGCAAAAUAUCCUGAAUGGGUAGCCAACAUAGUGCCAGUUCCUAAGAAGGAUGGAAAAGUGAGAAUGUGUGUCGAUUAUCAAGAUUUGAAUAGAACAAGCCUUAAGGAUAACUUUCCUUUACCUCACAUCGAUACUCUAGUGGAUAAUACUGCUAGGCACUCUACAUUUUCCUUUAUGGAUGGUUUUUCAGGCUAUAAUCAGAUCAAGAUGGCUCGAGAUGAUAUGGAGAAAACUACAUUUGUGAUCAUGUGGGGAACAUUCUGUUACAAAGUCAUGCCUUUUGGGUUAAAAAAUGCUGGUGCUACUUAUCAAAGAGCAAUGGUGACUCUUUUUCAUGACAUGAUGCAUAAAGAGAUAGAAGUGUAUGUAGAUGAUAUGAUUACAAAAUCUCGUGAAGGAGAGGAUCAUAUAGUCAGUCUCAAAAAGCUGUUUGACAGGUUGAGAAGAUUUCAGUUGAAGUUGAAUCCUGCCAAAUGUACAUUUGGAGCCAAAUCAAGAAAACUAUUGGGCUUUGUAGUCAGUGAAAAAGGAAUUGAAGUUGAUCCAGAUAAGAUACAAGCCAUCCAAAACUUAUCCCCUCCUCAUACCUCAAAAGAAGUGCGAGGCUUCUUAGGGAGAUUAAAUUAUAUUGCUCGCUUCAUCUCUCAACUCAUUUAUAAGUGUGAUCCUAUUUUCAAGCUUCUCAGAAAACAUGAUCCUGGAGAAUGGAAUGAUGAAUGCCAAGAAGCUUUUGAUAAGAUCAAAGAAUACUUGUCAAAUUCACCUGUGUUGGUGCCACCAAUGCCAGGAAAACCUUUGAUUUUGUACUUGACAGUGCAUGAAAAUUCAAUGGCAUGUGUGCUGGGGCAAAGAGAUAAAACUAAUAAGAAAGAACGAGCAAUUUACUACUCGAGCAAGAAGUUCACUGGUUAUGAGUCAAAGUAUUCACCAUUAGAGAAGAUGUGUUGUGCAUUAACCUGGACAGCUCGAAGGCUUAGACAAUACAUGCUUUAUCACACUACUUGGCUCAUAGCAAAGCUGGAUCCUAUUAAGUAUAUCUUCGAAAAGCCCUCAUUGAUAGGAAGAAUAACACGGUGGCAAGUUAUGAUUUCAGAAUAUGAUAUCAUUUACGUGACUCAAAAAGCUAUUAAAGGGAGUGCAAUAGCUGAAUUUCUUGCUGAUUAUGCAGUUGAAGAUUAUGAGCCAAUGAAAUUAGAUUUUCCUGAUGAGGAUGUGAUGGCCAUUGAAGAAAAUGAACCUAUUGAAAAAUCAUGGAGGAUGUAUUUUGAUGGAGCUGCUAAUGCUUUGGGUCAUGGUAUUGGGGCAAUUUUGAUAUCUCCUGAUGGACAUUAUUAUCCCAUCACAGCCAGAUUAAAUUUUAAUUGCACAAACAAUGUGGUUGAAUAUGAGGCCUGUGUUAUGGGUAUACAAGCAGCAAUUGAAAAGAAGAUCAAAGUGUUAGAUGUGUUUGAAGAUUCAGCUUUAGUCAUCUAUCAGUUACGAGGUGAAUGGGAAACAAGAGACUCUAAGUUGAUUCGGUACCAUAAAUACAUCUCUGAGUUGGUUAAGCAAUUUAAAGAAGUUCAGUUUGAGCAUCUACCGAAAGAGGAAAACCAAAUUACUGAUGCACUGGCUACUCUAGCUGUAAUGAUCAAAAUAGAUGCAAGUACUGAAAUCCAACCCAUCAAGCUGGAUGUGAAAGAUGUACCAACACAUUGCUCAGGUGUUGAAAAAGAAGUUGAUGGGAAGCCAUGGUAUCAUGAUAUCAUGCAAUACAUUAAAAGCCAGUAAUACCCAAAACAUGCAACUAAAAAUGAUAAGAGGACUAUCAAAAGAUUGGCUAUGAGUUUCUUUAUUGAUGGAGAUAUCAUUUACAAAAGAGGUCGAGAUCAAGUGCUCUUAAGAUGUGUAAAUGCAGCUGAAGCAAAGAAGAUUAUUGAAGAAGUGCAUGAUAGAGUUUGUGGGGCACAUGCAAAUGGUCAUAUGAUGGUUAGACAAAUUAUGAGGGCUGGCUAUUAUUGGUUGACAAUGGAGAGUGACUGUAUUGAUUAUGCUAGAAGAUGUCAUAAAUGUCAGAUUUAUGCUGACAAGAUUCAUGCUCCACCAUCAAUAUUACACAUUCUAGCUCCUCCCUGGCCAUUCUCAAUGUGGGGUAUGGAUGUCAUUGGUCCCAUCACUCCAAAAGCUUCGAACGGGCAUAGAUUCAUUUUUGUGAUGAUUGAUUACUUCACCAAAUGGGUAGAGGUUGCAUCAUAUGCUAGCGUGACCCGAUCUGUGGUCUGUAAGUUCAUAAAAAGAGAGAUAAUAUGCAGAUAUGGGCUUUCAGGGACAAUUAUUUCUGUUAAUGCCAAAAACUUGAACAACAAAAUGAUGAAUGAAGUAUGCACUCAGUUCAAGAUUCGCCAUCGUAAUUCGGCACCAUAUCAUCCAAAAAUGAAUGGGGCAGUGGAGGCUGCAAAUAAGAAUAUCAAGAGAAUCCUGGAGAAAAUGACUGAAACUUACAAAGAUUAGCAUGAGAAGUUACCUUUUGCCUUGCAUGCUUAUAGAACAUCAGUCAAAACGUCUACUGGAGCCACACCGUUCUCUUUGGUAUAUGGUAUGGAAGCUGUGCUACCAGUCGAAGUGGAAAUUCCCUCACUGAGAGUCUUGAUGGAGGUAGAGUUAGAGGAAGCAGAAUGGGUUUGAAAUCGCUACGAGCAGUUAAGCCUCAUAGAAAAGAAAAGACUGUCAGCACUUUAUCAUGGUCAAUUAUAUCAAAAGAGGAUGAUGAGAGCACAUGACAAGAAAACUCGUCCCCAUUGCUUUAGGGAAGGAGACUUAGUGUUAAAAAGAUUCCUUCCAAAUCAACAUGAUAAUCGAGAAUGGACACCAAAUUGGGAAGGCCCGUAUGUGGUGAAAAAGGCUUUUUCUAGUGGGGCAUUGAUUUUGGCAGAAAUGGACGGAGGUGAUUUACCUACCCCAAUAAAUUCAGAUGUUGUGAAGAAAUAUUUUGCUUAA